GUAAUGGUUUCAAGGUCUUAUUCCAACCUUCUUGACCUUGCCUCUGGUGAUUCACCAAACUUUGGUAGAGUAAGGGGCAGAAUGCCUAGAGUUAUGACUGUGCCUGGUAUCAUUUCUGAACUGAACGACGAGAACAGCGACAAAGUUGGCUCUGAUGCAGCGUCUUCUGUCUCUCAGGAGAGAAUUAUCAUUGUAGGAAACCAACUUCCGAUUCGAGCACACCGAAGGUCUAAUGGUGAUGGAGGUUGGUACUUCAGUUGGGAUGAGGAUUCCCUUCUCCUGCAACUCAAAGAUGGCCUUGGAGAAGAUGUUGAAGUCAUCUAUGUUGGUUGUCUGAAAGAAGAGAUUGAACCAAGUGAACAAGACAAUGUGUCACAGACAUUACUAAAGACUUUUAAGUGUCUCCCUGCAUUCAUUGCUCCAGAACUCUUCAGUAAAUUCUACCACAAGUUCUGUAAACAACAACUAUGGCCUCUCUUUCAUUACAUGCUUCCUCUGUCUCCUGAUCUUGGUGGAAGGUUUGAUCGGUCCCUCUGGCAUGCUUAUGUCUCUGUAAACAAAAUAUUUGCAGACAAGGUGAUGGAAGUAAUAAGCCCUGAUGAUGAUUUUGUGUGGGUUCAUGACUACCAUUUAAUGGUGUUACCAACAUUUCUUAGGAAGAGGUUUAACACUGUGAAACUGGGGUUCUUCCUUCAUAGCCCCUUUCCAUCAUCUGAGAUAUAUCGCACACUACCUGUUCGAGAUGAGCUCCUCCGUGCACUCCUAAAUGCUGAUCUUAUUGGUUUCCAUACUUUUGAUUAUGCUAGGCACUUUUUAUCAUGUUGUAGUAGAAUGCUUGGGCUUGCUUAUCAGUCUAAAAGGGGUUACAUAGGACUGGAGUAUUAUGGGAGAACAGUAAGCAUUAAAAUUCUUCCAGUUGGGAUUCAUAUGGGCCAGCUUAGAUCUGUGUUGAAUCUUCCUGAGACUGAAUCUAGGGUUGCAGUGCUACAGGAUCAGUUUAAGGGACAAAUGGUUUUACUUGGAGUGGAUGAUAUGGAUAUCUUCAAAGGUAUAAGCUUAAAACUGUUGGCCAUGGAGCAGUUACUGGUCCAACACCCUGAUUGGAGGGGGAAGGUUGUGUUGGUUCAAAUUGCAAACCCUGCAAGAGGCAGAGGGAGAGAUGUAGAGGAGGUCCAAUCUGAAACUUAUUCCAUAGCAAAGAGGAUUAAUGAAAGAUUUGGAAGGCCAGGUUACAAUCCUGUUGUUUUAAUUGAUACCCCACUUCAGUCCUACGAGAGAAUUGCGUAUUACGUGAUUGCCGAGUGUUGUCUAAUCACAGCAGUGAGAGAUGGAAUGAAUCUCAUACCUUAUGAAUACAUUAUAUGCAGGCAAGGAAAUGAGAAACUAGAUCAUACCUUGCAAGUACUGGACCCAUCAGCUCCAAAGAAGAGCAUGAUAGUGUUAUCUGAGUUCAUUGGCUGCUCCCCAUCACUCAGUGGGGCGAUCCGUGUCAACCCAUGGAAUAUUGAUGCAGUGGCUGAAGCUAUGGAUUCUGCCUUAGUAGUUGCAGAAUCUGAGAAGCAAUUACGGCAUGAAAAGCACUACAGGUACGUGAGCACACAUGAUGUUGGGUACUGGGCACAGAGUUUUCUACAAGAUCUCCAAAGAACAUGUAAGGAUCAUGAGAGGAGGAGAUGCUGGGGUAUUGGUUUUGGUUUAGGUUUUAGGGUAAUAGCACUUGAUCCCAAUUUCAAGAAACUUUUGGUUGAGCAUAUAGUUUCUGCUUAUAAGAGAACCAAGAACAGGGCAAUUCUCUUAGAUUAUGAUGGUACCAUGAUGCCAAAGACAUCCAUCAACAUUACACCAAGUCCAGAGAAUAUUAACAUCUUGAACAGCCUAUGCCGAGAUCCAAAGAAUGUUGUCUUCCUUGUUAGUGGAAGGGACAAGAAAACUCUGACAGAGUGGUUUUCUUCUUGCAAAAAACUUGGAAUUGCAGCAGAGCAUGGUUAUUUCAUGAGGCCGAAUCAAGAUGAGGAAUGGGAAACUUGCGUGCCUGUUGUUGAUUUUGAUUGGAAACAGAUUGCUGAGCCUGUGAUGCAGCUGUACACUGAAGCAACUGAUGGUUCAUCCAUAGAGACCAAAGAGAGUGCACUUGUUUGGCAUUACCAAUAUGCUGAUCCAGAUUUUGGGUCAUGUCAAGCUAAAGAACUUCUUGAUCACCUUGAAAGUGUUCUUGCCAAUGAGCCAGUCUCUGUGAAGAGUGGACAACAUAUUGUUGAAGUUAAGCCUCAGGGUGUCAGCAAGGGUGUUGUGGCUGAGAAUCUAUUAGCAACAAUGAGAGAAAAGGGAAUGCUUCCAGAUUUUGUGUUGUGCAUAGGUGAUGAUCGAUCAGAUGAGGACAUGUUUGAGGUAAUCACUAGUGCCAAGGAAGGCCCAGCUCUCUCACCAGUAGCUGAAGUGUUUGCUUGCACUGUUGGUCAGAAGCCUAGUAAAGCAAAGUAUUAUUUGGAAGACACGACUGAGAUCGUCCGAAUGUUGCAAGGACUUGCAACAGCUUCAGACCAGGCAGAAAGGAAUAAUGCUUCUUAAGCUUCCCUAUGAGUCAUUAUUGAUUGAAAGCAGGUAAAAAGAAAAACAGCUUCUCU